CCCGCCUCGACUUGGCCGACCGCCUCACCCUCACCACCACACCCUUUCGCCGGCUGAACAUUCGCUCCCUUAUGAACCUCUCUAUGGCGUCGCCUCUUGCGUGCGUCUUUUGAUAUUAACCCGUCCACCAGCGUCCCUGCUCCAGCCGACACUCCGCAGCGUCUCCUCCCUCCCGCUCUACACCCCUUCAACUACCACUAUACCCAUCCCUACCGUCACGCUCUCAGGCUUCGCCAGCCAUGAUUGCAGGUCGGGGUAGACAGCGCAUACGGCCGCCCAGGAGGGGCCUCCACGGCGACGAAAUCGACUUCGAAAACACGUGGAGCACUAUCGCCUCCGCCUUCCGCGAAAUACACACUAAGAACGCCUCCAGGCUCUCCUACGAGGAACUGUACCGCCAUGCGUACAAAGUCGUCCUCAAGAAGAAGGGUGAGGAGCUGUAUAAGCGUGUCUGCGAUUUCGAGCACGAGUGGUUGAGCAGCGAGGUCCGCAGCGCCAUCCAGGCCCUCUUCUCCCCUAACCUCUCAGCCGGCACGCAGAGUCUAGGAGGCACCACAGCCAACGAGAGGCGCGUGGCCGGCGAGAAGUUCUUCAAGGGCUUGAAGCAGGCGUGGGGAGACCACCAGAUAUGUAUGAGCAUGUUGGCUGAUGUGCUCAUGUACAUGGAUCGCGUCUACUGUCAUGAUCAUCGCCGACCCUCAAUAUACACGGCCGCCAUGGUUCUCUUCCGCGACGACAUCCUCCACGCCCCCACUUCGGACGUCGAUGGUAAAGAGGUCCUGCGUCUUCUCAACCAUGUUAUCCUCGACCAGAUACAGAUGGAGCGUGACGGCGACGUCAUCGACAAACACCUCAUCAAGUCCUGCGUGCACAUGCUUGACAGCCUAUACCAAGAUGAGGAUGAGGCAGAGGACCAGCGUCUGUACAAUACCUCGUUUGAGGCCGCGUAUCUAGAAACCAGCCGCGAAUUCUAUAGGCAAGAGGCCGACUUCUUGCUCCGCGAUUCCGACGCCGGCGCGUAUUGCAGGCACACGAGACGACGUCUCUAUGAAGAGGAGGAGCGGUGUCGGUCCACUCUGUUAGAUGUUACCCAACCGAAAAUACAACAGGUCGUCGAGGAUGAGUUGAUCAAGAACCGGAUACACGAGCUUGUGGAGAUGGAGAGUGGUGUGCGAUUCAUGAUUGACAACGACCGACUAGACGAGCUAAACCUCAUCUAUGACUUGAACUCCCGGGUCGAUGAUAAAAAGGCCGAGCUCAUGCGUGCCAUCCAAAAGCGGAUUGUGGAGUUGGGCACCGACAUCAACAAUGCAGCGAUAGCGGCAUCGCAGGCUCCAGUGUCUGCACCAAUGCCACUCGAGGCGGGGGACAAAGUCAAAGCCCAAAUGCCGGAGAAGAGCCUGAAUCAACAGACCGUUGCCGCCAUCAGAUGGGUAGAAGACGUCCUCCAACUCAAGGAUAAAUUCGACAAGAUUUGGGAGGUUUCAUUCCAACAGGAUCAACCUCUGCAGACAGCCCUCACGCGAAGUUUUGCGGAUUUCAUUAACUCCCCGGCCUUCCCACGGUCGUCCGAGUACAUCUCCCUCUUCAUUGAUGAGAACAUGAAGAAGGGUAUCAAAGGCAAGACUGAGAUGGAAGUUGACGCGGUUUUGGAAAAGGCCAUCAUCCUAUUGCGCUACGUCCAGGAUAAGGACCUGUUCGAGAGAUACUACAAGAAACAUCUCUGUCGGCGCCUCCUCAUGAACAAAUCCAUCAGCAACGACGUCGAGAAAGCGAUGAUUUCCAAGAUGAAGAUUGAGCUCGGAAACAACUUCACUCUAAAACUGGAAUCCAUGUUCAAGGACAUGACGAUAUCAGAGGAACUCACUUCCGGGUUCAAGAAGCACGUGGAAGGCCUUGGCGAUAAGGAUCCGAAGCGCAUUGAACUAGCCAUCAACGUGCUGACCAGCAUGACUUGGCCGCUGGAGACCAUGGGCUCUGGCGAUGACGCCGAAGGUUCAAGGCCGAGGUGCAUCUACCCAACUGCAAUCGAGCGCAUCAAGCGCGGAUUCGAAAAAUACUACAACGAAAAGCAUUCAGGCCGGCAACUCACCUGGCUUGGAAACAUGGGCUCUGCAGACAUCAAGGCGGUUUUCCCAAAGGUCCCGCAGAAGGAUGGAUCAUUCAAGGAACGCCGGCAUGAUCUCAACGUCUCGACUUACGGCAUGGUGAUCUUGUUGCUGUUCAACGACCUCCCAGCAGACCAGCACCUCACUUUUGAAGAAAUCCAGGCGCAGACAAACAUCCCCAAGACGGAUCUUAUCCGCAACCUGCAAUCCCUGGCCGUGGCGCCCAAGACACGUAUCCUGAUCAAGGAUCCUAUGUCCAAGGACGUCAAAUCUACUGAUCGAUUCUUCUUCAAUGAAGGAUUUAUAGGGAGAUUCGUUAAGAUUAAAGUGGGGGUUGUGUCGAGUGGGAAUAAAGUUGAGAGUGACCGGGAGAGGAGGGAGACGGAGAAGAAAAACGAUGAUUCGAGGGGGUUUUGUAUAGAGGCGGCUGUUGUGAGGAUUAUGAAACAACGAAAAGAACUCUCACACCAGGCCCUUAUCAUCGAGACACUAAAUCAACUUGUUGGACAGUUUAAGCCGGAGGUCAAUAUGAUUAAGAAGAAGAUUGAAUCGCUCAUUGAGCGCGAAUAUCUUGAACGGGUUGAAGGGGUGAAGAUCGAUUCUUAUCGGUAUUUAGCCUAGGGAGGUGAGUGGGGAGUGAAAUUUUUUAUUCCCCACAACAGCACAACUAUGCCUGAAUGCCUGGAGAUAUGCCUAUGUGAGUGGGUGAGUUGGUGAGUGGGUGAGCGAGGGUUUUGAGAGCUAAACGUGGAUAGUGUGGAAGUGGAAA